UUUUUUAAUAGAAAGAAAGAUAAUUGAAUUAAUUUAAACCUCUUCUAAAAAGAGAUUUCCCGCGCUCAUUUGUUAGAGAGAGAAUGGAAGAAUCAAUAGAUAGGUUGUGCAGAAGUUUAGCAUCGUUUAGCAACCAUCUGGAGAGCAGCUGCGAUGCCCUCAAGCAGUCUAUUAACCGUCGCGCCAUCCCUCUCGAUUCGGCAUCUUCUACCUUCAUACAAUGCCUCAAUCGGAGGGUUUCGAGUGCCGGUGGCGAACUUAAUCUGCUUGAAUCGAUGUCGUUGGGAACUGUAUCUUUUGAGGAACUAUUAGGGCACUGUAACGAGGUCUACAAGAACAAUCAAAUACAUCUUCUUGAGCUCCAAGAUCAUCUUAAGCCCUUAGGGUUUGUCCCCGAAUUGGAGAUGGAUGAUGAAGAUGAGCUUCUAAACACCAAUUCAUCUAUUGCGCUUGAUACAUACUCGAAGAUCAUGAGUUCGAACCGUGGACAUGUUUCUUUGGACGACGACGAUUUGUUUGAUGAAUCGUUGAGUUUGAAGAAUAUUGGCCUUUCCAAUGUUUGCCUUGCUUCUUUAGCAUCCGAAGAAAAUAAUAAGAUUGAUGAUCUAGAUGUGUAUUUGCAAGAACCCAUAAGAAACCGGUCACAUGACUUGAAGGAGCAAGAUUAUCCAACCUUGGGAAUAUCCAAAGUGAAAAUGCACUUCGAUGAUGAGGAAAAUGACGAUGUUUUAAAGCCUGUCAAAGCUCUUUCAUCAAUAAAAUUAGUGAAAGAUGAUUACGAGAAUCUUCCUUCCUACAUGAAAGGUCUAGCAUCAUGGGAGGAUUUGCUCACUGCUGUUGACAAGAUCAAUUCAAGCCUGAAUCAGAGAAAUAAUGGAAGUAAUUUCUUUGGCCAAGAUGAAAUUUCAUCACUGGGGUUGGGGCCAAAGACGAGGUCUUAUCUGCUGCUGCUUGUACGCAUGGAUCGGCUUGUUGUCGAGACUAUAAAUGGUUUGAUUUCCUACCGAAUUUUAUAGACACGGUGGAACUCUAUAGACUAACAGAUGCAUCAUCGGGAACUUUAUUAUGUGUAGCUGAAAAUAUUGAUAUUCAGCUAUCUUUUCAUUUGCAGAUGUACCGAGUAAUUGUUCGGCCAUUAUUUUAAGAGCAAUUUACAUAUUCUGAUGCUAUUUCAAAUUUAUUUACAGAAAUAAUGGUACUAUUUUUAUUUACAAAAUUAACUUAUAUAGACUACUGUAUAAAAAAUAAGUUGUCUUUCCAUUA